UUCCCCUGUUUCACGGCGAUAAACUUCCCUUUUCUGUAUCUAACACACGAGGGAAAUAAGGCCUCUCUUUAAUUUCACUCUCGAAGCAGCAAAUUUAACUCUCGCAGUUAGAUUAAGAUCGCAUCACCUCUCAUUUUCUUUCCUUCCAUCCAAACAAGUGAAACCCAGGAAGAAAUGAAGAAAUUGAGAACCUAUUACACGCAGUUCCGUCACAACAGUAACCAAGCAAUGGAGCGUAAAUGGAUCUUGCCAUUAGCUCUUGGCUCCAUUGUUUCAUUAUUUCUACUCUUUUUAACAACAUUAACCUCUUUUGAUGGCUCCCCAUUUCUUUUCUUCUACCAUCCCUCCGCCGUACUCGGCGGUUCCUCCCCUUUCGUGGAGAGCCAACUGAAACCCAUCCCUGUCUCCACUCUCCCUCCACCUCCUCGCUUCGCUUACCUCAUUUCAGGCUCCGCCGGUGAUGGCCUGAUGUUGAGAAGGACCCUCUUGGCCCUUUACCAUCCUUUGAAUCAAUAUGUAGUUCAUCUUGACCGGGAAGCUAGCUCUGAAGAGAGGCUCGAUCUGCAGAAGUUUGUGAAAGAUCAUCAAGUGUUUAACAAAUUCGGGAAUGUUAGGAUGAUCGUGAAAGCUAAUUUGGUUACCUAUAGAGGUCCUACCAUGGUUGCUAAUACGCUUCAUGCUGCUGCAAUUUUGUUGAAAGAAGGUGGAGACUGGGAUUGGUUUAUUAAUCUUAGUGCUUCUGAUUAUCCCCUUGUUACUCAAGAUGAUCUGUUACAUACAUUUUCAUACUUGCCAAGGGAUCUGAAUUUCAUUGAUCAUACAAGCAAUAUUGGGUGGAAAGAGUUUCAUAGAGCUAAGCCAAUUAUUAUAGAUCCAGGGUUGUACAGUUUGAAAAAAGCUGAUGUGUUUUGGGUUACUCAAAGGAGAAGCGUGCCUACUGCAUUCAAACUCUUUACAGGUUCUGCUUGGAUGGCACUUUCUCGAUCUUUUAUCGAUUACUGCAUUUGGGGAUGGGACAACCUACCUCGAACAGUCCUCAUGUACUACGCUAACUUUUUAUCUUCUCCAGAAGGUUACUUCCACACCGUGAUUUGUAAUGCUCAAGAAUUCCGUAACACUACCGUGAACAGUGACCUCCAUUUCAUAUCAUGGGAUAACCCUCCUAAGCAACAUCCUCAUUACCUCAGGCUGAAUGACAUGCAACGGAUGAUCAACAGCAAUGCUCCUUUCGCAAGAAAGUUCCCUCGGGAUGAUCCUGCAGCGCUAGACAAAAUCGACUCUGACCUCUUGUCUCGCGGUCCAGACAUGUUCACUCCCGGUGGUUGGUGUGUAGGAAGUGGGAAAAAUGGGAGUGAUCCUUGUUCCUUUAUUGGUAAUACAACCGUCAUCAAGCCUGGCCCUGGAGCAACAAGGUUGGAAACUUUGAUUAGCUCUCUUCUAUCCGACAACAAUUUCCGACCACGACAAUGCAAAUAAUAAUACCAUCGGAAACUUGGUUAGGGGGCAUUCAAACCAAUUAGUGUUCGGUUAUACAUAUAUCAGAAGACAAGGACAAUGAUGAAGAUGAAGACGAAGACUUGGUCUUCACUCUUCAUACGAUGCAUCCAUAUCCAUUAUUCAGUAUUACUUCUGGCAAGAGGCGGGAAGCUUGGAUUCAUUGAUGGAUAUCAAUUAAUAGAGUUAUGAUCGCAGAUGGUUCACUGAUAGAUAAUAUAUAUAUAUAUAUAUUAUAUUUGUAGUGUUAUGUAACCAUCACAAAUUGAAGCCAAUUUUUAACAAUAGAAUUUAUUUGCCUUGCAGUCUA